UACGAUAUUAUACAGUUAGUAUACGCACACGGAAAUAAUGGCACGUACAAAGCAAACAGCCCGAAAAUCCACUGGUGGUAAAGCACCACGUAAACAGUUAGCAACCAAAGCUGCUCGUAAGAGUGCACCUGCAACUGGAGGAGUUAAAAAACCUCAUCGUUACAGGCCAGGUACCGUAGUCCUUCGUGAAAUUAGACGUUACCAGAAAAGUACUGAGCUACUUAUCAGAAAACUACCUUUCCAACGUCUUGUCCGUGAAAUCGCACAAGAUUUUAAAACAGAUUUACGUUUUCAGAGUUCGGCAGUGAUGGCUUUACAAGAAGCAAGUGAAGCAUAUUUGGUAGGUUUAUUCGAAGAUAGCAAUUUAUGCGCUAUUCACGCUAAGAGAGUGACUAUUAUGCCUAAGGACAUUCAGCUGGCUAGAAGAAUCAGAGGAGAAAGAGCAUAAACAAAACAAAAAACAUCGAACAGAAUCGACGAUGCCUCC